UUAUAUUAUAUUUUAUAAUAUUUGUAUAUAUAUUUUGGAUUAAACUGGUAAAAACAUGUUUUUAAAAAUUUGAUAAAAAUAUUUAGAAUAAAUAUUGAUUUAUCUAUAUUGAUUGAUCUAUAUCUACAAAGACAUAACUGGAUAAAACGAUACAAUCUGAUAAUAUAAUAAAUGGGCUCUCAUACAUACAUACAUACAUACAUACAUACAUACAUACAUACAUACAUACAUACAUACAUCAUGGAUAAAAUACGAUACGAUAUAUUCCUAUGCACAUAGAUAUAUAUGAAAAACUUAAGAUAGAUAAUCUGAAAUGAGUAACCAGUGCAGUCAUAGAUGCUAACGAUUACGGUUCUUAAUAUUAUAUAUAUAUCGCAUAAUUUAUCAAAAAAUACCGCGUAAUACGUUUAGAAAGUUACAAUCACGUGGAUAUACUGAAUUGUUCUAAUGCAUUCUAAAACGUUUCGUAGUAAAAUCCUAUACGCAUUCAAAUUUUUCAGUAAGCUAAAUGCCAAUUUUUAGUUGAGUGCAAGGUCUUAAAUCUGACGAGACUUGUAAGACUUAAUUUUUUUAAUGAGUGUCAGAUGUUUGAAAUUGAACUAGAAGUGGGGAUUGGAAGGAGUGCAAGUGGUCGAAGGAACGAUCGGCGUCGGGCGGAGUCGACGGCCGUCACAGUCGAUAUUCAUGAAAAAGGAUCAAACAUAAAAUAUUGGAAGAACAUUUGCAAAAAGAAUUUUUAUAUUUCAUGACUCAGUGACAGUGAAUUUGAAUAUUGGACAAAUUUGAAACUACAUACAAAAAAUGGGUAAUUGUUUCAGCAGUCCAACAGAUACAGAGAAAGAAAAGCCUGAUAGAAUAGGCAAUCCAAAUAUAGAGGCAGUUGCAUCUCAAGCUAGUCCAGUGCCAACACCACCUCCAGAUCCUAUCAGGCCUAUGCCACAAAUUCCAGAUGCGGAUGUGCCAACUGCAAAAAUUUUUGUUGCACUUUAUGAUUAUGAUGCACGUACAGAUGAAGAUUUAAGCUUCAGAAAAGGUGAACAUUUAGAAAUUUUAAAUGAUACUCAAGGAGAUUGGUGGUUAGCUAGAAGUAAAAGAACUCGGCAAGAAGGAUAUAUUCCCAGCAAUUAUGUUGCAAAGUUAAAGUCUAUAGAAGCAGAACCAUGGUAUUUUAGAAAAAUUAAACGAAUUGAAGCAGAGAAAAAAUUAUUACUUCCUGAAAAUGAUCAUGGUGCAUUUUUAAUCAGAGAUUCUGAAAGCCGACACAAUGAUUAUUCUCUUUCAGUACGCGAUGGUGAUACAGUUAAACAUUACCGCAUUAGACAAUUAGAUGAAGGUGGUUUCUUUAUAGCCAGAAGAACUACAUUUAGGAAUCUUCAAGAUCUUGUUGAACAUUAUAGUAAAGAUGCUGAUGGAUUAUGUGUAAAUCUCUGCAAACCCUGUGUACAGGUUGAGAAACCUGUAACUGAGGGUCUUAGUCAUCGCACACGAGAUCAAUGGGAGAUUGACCGUUCUUCUCUCAAAUUUGUAAGAAAAUUAGGCCAAGGCCAAUUUGGAGAAGUGUGGGAAGGAUCAUGGAAUAAUACAACUGCAGUGGCAAUAAAAACACUCAAACCAGGAACUAUGGAUCCUAAAGAUUUUUUGGCAGAAGCACAAAUCAUGAAGAAACUUCGUCAUGCAAAAUUAAUUCAAUUAUAUGCUGUAUGCACUUUAGAAGAACCCAUUUAUAUUAUCACAGAAUUGAUGAGGAAUGGUAGCUUGUUAGAAUAUUUGCAAGGAAAAGGAAAAACAUUAAAUCUACAACGAUUAAUUGAUAUGGCUGCACAAAUUGCAGCAGGUAUGGCUUAUCUCGAAUCACAAAAUUAUAUUCAUAGGGAUUUAGCUGCUCGUAAUGUGUUGGUAGCAGAAUUAAAUGUCGUGAAGAUAGCAGAUUUUGGUUUAGCUAGGCUAAUUAAAGAAGAUGAAUAUGAAGCCCGAAUAGGUGCACGCUUUCCAAUUAAAUGGACUGCACCUGAAGCUGCAAAUUAUAGUAAAUUCAGUAUUAAAUCUGAUGUAUGGUCAUUUGGUAUUCUUCUUACUGAAUUAGUUACUUAUGGAAGAAUACCAUAUCCUGGUAUGACAAAUGCAGAAGUUCUUCAUCAAGUAGAACAUGGCUACAGAAUGCCAUGUCCACCUGGUUGUCCAACAGCAUUGUAUGAUAUUAUGUUAGAAUGUUGGAAUAAAGAUCCAAUGAAGAGGCCAACUUUUGAAACAUUGCAAUGGAAAUUGGAAGAUUUCUUCACUAUGGAAGGUUCUGAGUAUAAGGAAGCAUCUGCAUAUUAAAAUACUAAAACAUUUUAUAAUUUUUGGUUAUUUCAUUAAUACUUAUUGACAAGAUAUAAUAGAUAUUCUUUAUGAAUGAGCAACGAGAUAGAUGCAAAUUAUUAUAUAACAAUUAUAUUCAGAAUGCGAAUGUUUGUGAUAUUUAAGAGUAUACUUUAUACUAAAAGACAGUCUUCUUUCUAUAAAAUAUGAAUGAUACCAUUCAUUUUUUUUAGCAAUACAAUUAUUGCUUUUGUUAUAUAUUCUGGCUGCCAUAAAAUUAUAGAAAAAUUUUGUCAAUUCAUAAUGAUUAUAUAUAAACAAACAUUGAAAUGUUAAUUAAUCGUUUUUAAGAGAUAGUAGCGUAAUUUACAUUUCAUUUUAAAAAAAUGACAUUUUUGACAUAUAAAUGUAUUGUUAUUCAGCACCUUUUGAACAAUACCUAUGGGAGUUAACAUUUUAUAAUAAUUAAAAAUUUAUUAUUUACAAAUCUAUAAUAAGUUUUCAGAAAUAUUGAUAAAUUUAAUGCAGUUAAAAAAAUUUUCAAAGUAUAGACAAUUCGCUUAAAUUUUCUAAGGAAU